AUGACUGCCAUGUUUUACUCAUAAAAUGCUUAUUUCAGAGAAGAUGCUUAAUGCAGCUGUUUAUAAUUAAAUGCUGUGCUUUAGAUUAUGUUGAAUAUUCUAAUUUUACAAAUGAUUAUAUUUUUGCAGGUAAUAUGUAGGUAGGUAGGUUGCACUGAUGAAGCUAGGGUAACAUUUUCUUAAACAUAAAAUACUGAGUGUGCAUGACCCCUCUUUUUCUUCAUUUCGCCCAGCAGUUCAGCCCAAGUGGGUCAGGUUCCUUCCAACUUACCCGGAUUGCUUUGUGAAGUCCAACUUUCUGGGAGAGCCCAGCAGCUGCACAGAAGACUUACAAAAAAAAAUCAAAAGCAAACAAUUUUUUGGAAAGAAUUUUAUGGUGGCGUAAAUAUGUUUAAAGCUGGUAGAGUCACUUUAAGAGGUGGAGUUGAUGGAGUUACUGAUGGAAAUUUUGAAGUAGAAGAAAGUUCAAGGGAUUGGAAUAGGAGGUGCUCAUGGAGAGAAGCACAAGUGUCCUCUUUAGACAAUUAUGUGAACGAGAGGUCGAGUUUAUCUCUCACAGAACAGUUGAGCUCUGGAGCCCAUACCCAAAGGGGUCACUUUCUUUCUUCUCAAUUAGAAAGGACCAAGUGGAGUUCUAAAAAUGUGCCCAUCUUAGAACACGAUUCUGAUAACCAUGAUCAAAGUCAGGGAGGAAGUGUGACCAACGUAUCACCCUUCAGCCUUUCCAAUAAAGUGGAAGGUGUCAUUGUACCACAAAACCAUAAAAGGGAAGGUGGACCUGGUUUUGGCACAAUGAAGCUUCCCCAAUGCAAGCCUCCAAGUGGAGACAAGGGGGAACCAGCUGGUGACUAUGCAGGUUGGGUGUAUUUAGUGACACCUAAUGCAGGAUCACAGGGUAUUAUGGACAAAGGGGUGACCAGAGCCCUCAAAACCCUAGAGAAUGCUUAUUUAAUGAGAGGAGAUGAUCCAGUGCUAUUUUGUUAUAAUUAUUUGGCACUUUAUCGAGCUGCUUACAACAACCCUGACAUGUCCCCCAACAACAGCCAUUUUUUAUAUUCAAUGGCGAAUAAAUGUCCCUUCCUAGACCAGGCAACGAGAAUGGCCCUCAUACAUGCUAAUUCAUUCCAAAGAUUUCUACAUAUUUUACUGGACCGGACUGGAGAGGACUAUUCCAAAAGCAACAGUGGCAAAACACACAAAAAAGUCAAUCAGAUGAUGAUCUCCGGGGACUUUGGGUUGCUUAUCAGAAGAGACUGCAGAGGGCAAAAUAUCACAUGUAAAUGCUCUCCAGAAGUAAAACAUAUGAGGCCUUGGAAAGAUAACCUAAACCCAAGAGAGAGUAGCCCUUUAUGCUAUGGCCUACUCCAUCAUGCAUUAGGGAGAGAACACCUCAAGGAACAUCCCACUAACUGCCAUUAUGAAGAAAUGGGAUCCCAGGACCCUACCCUUUGCAUUGUAUCGCAAAUACACAAAGAUUUGGAUGGGAGACCUAUUAUCCAAGGGACAGUAGGGGGUUAUUGUGCCAGGAUGCUCCUGGAUACAGGUGCAGAUGUCUCCAUAACUCAUUUAAAUCUAAUAGAAGAUCCUUUGGGUGGAAUGCACAUUCUUGAAGGCUUAGGAGGGCAUGAAAUGAUAUUCAAAAGAUCUCUGCCAGUCAAAGUGACUCUGGGAGAUCUCUGUGUCCUGCACAGUUUUUUUAUUUCUUCUACACACAAGGAAACAAUAAUUGGUUGUGAUGUAAUGAAAAAACACAAUCUUAUCAUCGACCUGUGCGACUGGAUAUUGUGGAAGGGAAGUAAGAGACACUGAUCUAGGAGCAGUGAUACUUCUAAAGACUCGCUUAAAGGAGAUGUCAACCCCUUCGGCGCUAAAAUCCCUCCCCCUCCCCUGUGUUGCCCCCCCUCCCCCCUGGCCUACC